AUGGCUCCAGAUGAAGAGAAGGAGAAGGAAAGGAUCAUGUCGCUCCCGCAGCUUCAGAAUUUCAUGAAGAGAGACCCUGAAGCCUAUGGUCCGGAGUUUGACCAGCAAUGGUCCCACUUCGACAGCCAGAUGGAGAUGUUCAAACUGAAGCCACAGAAGCCAUCAAGUUCCUUUGGUGAACAGGUGAUGUUCUUGGCUCAUGUGGCACCGAGUUUCCCUGAAAAGGCCAAAGCAUUGCCGGAUCUUCUGAUAGGGGCCUUGAGUGACCACUUUGAAGUGAUGCACAGCUCAAUGCGAUCAACGCUGGUGCAGGCCUUGAUAUUGCUGCGGAAUCGAGACCAGUUUCCGUGUGCGAAGACACUACCGGUCUACUUCAAGCUUUUCCGGUCCCAGGACAAAGCUUUGAGAAAAUCCAUCUUCAAUCACAUCGUGCGUGACAUCGCGCACAUGAACCAGAAGACAAAGAAUCAGAAGGUCAACUAUGAGCUUCGAGACUUCUUCUUCGCACAUUUGAAGGAAACUGAUACCGAGGUAUGCCGACAUGCCUGCGCUGUCUUUAUCACCAUGUACCGCCAGAAUGUCUGGUCAGAUACACAUGUGGUGAACCUGAUGAGCUCGGGCUUGCUUCAUCCAGAUCUCAAAGUCGCUGCUGCCUUGGCGCAUUUGUUUCUGGGCAACAAAACAAAGGGAUUGGAAGGCAUCCUGGAUGAGAGUGAUGAUGAAGACGAAGCAGAAAACAUCACGGAGGCUGUGACUGGCAUUGUUGGCGCCAAGAAGACCGGAAACAGAGUCAGAAAACUGAAGAGGGCCAAAAAAGCAGCCAAGAAAGCUGCCAGAAAAAAUGGGAAGAAAGGUUCCAACGUGGUGAGCUUUGUGGCCAUCGACCUGCUGAAUGAUCCGCAGACUUUGGCCGAGAGGUUGCUGCAAAGAUUGAGCAAGGGAGGAGAACCUUUCCUCUUCCGUUUGCUGAUGCUUCACUUGGUAGCAAGGCUCAUUGGAAGGCACCAGCUACAGGUUCUGAAUCUUUAUCCGUUCUUGCAAAAAUACUUGGUUCCAACACAAAAAGAGGUGACCAAAGUGAUGGCAGCACUAGUUGAGGCAUCACAUCCUGCUGUCCCGCCAGAAGAGGUGCGGCCGGUGGUUCUUCACAUAGUCAGAUACUUUGUGACAGAGGCCCAGUCACCAGAGGUGAUCGAAAUUGGCUUAAACACCAUUCGAGAAGUCUGUGCCAGGUCCAUCAAUAUUCUUACAGAAGAGGAGCUUACAGAUCUUUGUGGCUUUCGGAAGCACAAGAACAAAGGUGUCUCCAUGGCAGUUCGCAGUCUGAUCAACACCUACCGAGAGCUUCAUCCACAGCUGCUGCACCGGUCCUUGCGCGGCCGCGAGGCCACGGUGGCCGUAAGUCGUGGAGAAGUGCAGGCUCCACAGUUCGGUGAGAUGCAGGCCUCUGAAAAGAUCGAGGGUUUGGAGCUGUUAGCAGCCAAGAAGGGCAAGCACGAAAAGGAGGUGGGCGACGGGAUGGAUUUGAUGAGCGAGAAAGUGUUGAGCCCGGAAGACUUCAAGCAGCUCCGCAAACUCAGACUGCAGAAGUCCAUUGAGCAACCUAGCUGCAACAAGAAUCGAUAA